AGGUAGUUCGGUACAUCUCGAUUAUUUAGACUUUUGCUUUUUCCAGAUCGUAUGUAUGGAUGUAUAUGAGGUGGCCCGUGAUCAGUACCUAGGUAACUCCGGACUACCUAGGUAUGUAUGAUAUGGUGUGGGGACACAAAAGUGCGAAGAUUCAUUUUUUAAACUUCAUGGCGACAUGUAUCGCGAGAUGGGAUGAAUUAGGACGGUGUAGAUAAGGUAGGCAUGAUGGGAUGGAUCUGGGCAAACGUGACUUCUAUGUUUGUUGUAAAUCGCGAUAAGAUUUACUUUAUGUAAGUUUUCUAGGUACUUAAAUGUACUUAGGAAGCUUAAGCUCGAUCUGAAUUCUACUUUUCUACCACUUUCAUCUAUUCACAUACAACUCAUACACGUCCAUCAAUCCCUCGAUUGACAAAAGACUUAAUCUUCUCCGAUCCGAACCUAACAAAAGAUUACCCUGGUAAUAGGGUUCGCCUGUCAAACCCCGCUGAGAAACGAUGCAGGGCCCUAGCAAGAUCACGGCUCAGAAAGGGUACCAGGGGAAAGCUGCUACGUCCCCGAUUCUCGACCUCCCAGUAGAGCUACUCUUCCGGGUGCUUUCUUUCCUUGAUCCCGCACCUAUCUUGCUGUUCUCUCUCACUUGCAAAGGAACAUUGCAUUUCGUCCAAGCAUCUGACCUGUGGGAACCUUGUUUCUCUACUCUUCAUAGAGUCUUACAAACAAGGGAAGAGCACGUCUCUCUUCAAAGAUACGAAUUUUUACAGCUAUUGGCAGAUGACCACCCACAUUCGUUCGUUUGCCGGCGCUGCAUGAAGCUACAUCGGAAUAUUGUUGAGGGAGGUCGAUAUGCCCAGCUAGGCUCCAUUCCUAUCUCAGGACGUCGCCGUGGGGCAAGCUCUCAGGGGCUAAUGACUUUCGGUCACCUGUGGCCGCAAUAUGCUUUCAGCAUCGAAGAGGCUCUUAAGGUAGUAAUUCCUAGAGAAGACCCACGUCCUAUUCAACUUCCUGAAUUUUCGAUAUCCACCGAUUGGAAACUGGCUAGGCUAGGGACAUCCUGCAACAACCCGGACUUCAUCCAUGGCUACGUUAAGCUAGAUAAUGAGGGAAUCGCUGUAGGUGGACACCUGCAUCUUCACAGAGUACAGCGGGUUUUACUUCUCGCCGAAAAGGUCGUCCCCUUCUUCGAGGCCAAUACUCCUUCAUCUAUGGAGCAAGUCUUCCGGUUCUGCCGUCAUCAUACAGAUAUCAUGUCGUCUUUCGGCGACCCUCUACCUCCGUAUUUCUUCGAAGGCCUAAACAAAGCCGGCGUCUACAACGCAAUAACCACGCUCGCCUUAAUAGCGCCGAAGAAAGCAUUACUCGAGGAGCCAACGGGAACCCACGGUUUGAUUAUAGACAAGUCGAAGCUAUUCGAGGGUAUUAUGCCUGGUUGUUCGCAGUGUUCAACAGACCAUGUCAUGACGAUACACAACCACGGCCGAGCUGGUGUCGAAAUUGUCGUCGACGUCUACCAAGAUCUGGGCUUCCUCUCUUCAACUCAUCGCGGUUGGGAUUAUUGUUGGACUGGAAACAUAGAGCACAAAUAUCGUGGUGUUAUUAGUCGACGCCGUGACUUCCCUGCUAUCUCUUUUGAUUUAUUUCCUACGGCGCUUGGUCGGAGUGCCAGGGCACACCCCUCCGCGCCGAGCAUUCAGGACGUAUGGGAAUUACAUGAACACGAGCGAAGCGCUAGGUUGGGGUCUGCGGUAAAUCAACUACACAUUAACAAUGAGUGACCGGAGCUUCGGCUAGGGGAUGACAAUACUUAGGCGCGCAAACUUGCUAUCGUAGUGUUGCGGCUUGGAUGAGAACCGUAGCGUUCCUGGGGUAAGGGAUGAGGGGAAACCGCCGUUGGAGAAAAUACUCCGACAUUUGCGAUGAGUUUAGUUUUACGGGUAUCUACGAUGGCCUUGCAUACUAUGCUGCGUCAUUGCUACUUGAGAAUAGAAGGGGAAAUAGCAUCAGAAAUCGCCAACGCUAAAAUCCGUAGCUUAGAGAAGUAUUCGUAUGGAUUUACACACAAAUAAACACGCGUUGC